GCGCCAGCGUCGCUGAGCCGGAGUCGCUACCGGCGCCUCUCCCCACAGGCAACGCGGCCACCACCUCUGCGCGAAGGGGAGGGGGGAAAGGUAGCUGGAGGAGCCGUGAGAAACGACUUCAGCCUGACUUGCUGCGUCUCGCGAGAGACCUGUCGUCGGCCAUUUUGCCAUUGAUUGGUGCUGGCGGAGGGAGGGAGCUGAGGCGUAGCUGCCUUCGCCGAGUGGGGCGGGGGAGAAGGGGAGAGAGAGAGAGAGAGAGAGAGAAGGCGGCACAAGGCUGAGGGAAGGAAGAUAAUGGUGGUGGUGCUGGUGAGGAUGAGUCUCCCGCGACCCCGCUCUUCCGGCAGCUGCUCCUGCUGACGACGACUCCCCGUCCAAGCCGGCUGCCAGCGGGCCCCAGGCUGCGCCACUGGCCAUGGUGCCCAGCGAGGAGAACCAGCUGGUCCCCAAAGAGGAUAUGCUUUGGAGAUGCAGACAAAGUAUCUUUGAUGAAAUGAAGAAGAAAUUUGCACAGAUUGAAAGUGCUGCUGAUGAACCUAGAGUGCUUUGUAUAAUACAAGAUAUUACUAAUUCUACGACGGUGAAUGAACGCAUCACUUUGAACUUGCCUGCCUCCACUCCAGUAAAAAGACUGUUUGAGGAUGUGGCCACUAAAGCGGGCUAUGUUAAUGGAACAUUUGAUUUAUUUUGGGGGAAAGGAGUCAAUGUUGCCAAUACGGCACUGUUGGAUCAAUCUAAUGAUAAAUCUAUUGUUGAUGCUGGUUUUGAGCCUGGGAAAAGGAAUCUUCUGCUUCUGACAGAUAAAGAUGGGAAAAAACCUCAAAUAGCUUUGGAGGAGUCCAGUGGAGCAGACGACUGCAAUCAAGAUCAAUUCAUAGGCCCUCUUCCACGAGAAGGUUCAGUUGGUUGUGCCAAUGAUUAUGUCAGCCAGAACUACUCUUAUUCAUCAAUUCUCAAUAAAUCAGAAACGGGGUAUGUGGGCCUAGUAAAUCAAGCAAUGACCUGCUAUUUGAACAGUCUUCUACAAACCCUUUUCAUGACUCCUGAAUUUAGAAAUGCUUUAUACAAAUGGGAAUUUGAAGAAUCUGAGGAUCCAGUGACGAGCAUCCCUUAUCAGCUUCAAAGGCUAUUUGUUUUAUUACAGACCAGCAAAAAGAGAGCAAUUGAAACAACAGAUGUUACACGAAGUUUUGGAUGGGAUAGUAGUGAGGCUUGGCAACAGCACGAUGUGCAGGAACUUUGUAGAGUCAUGUUUGAUGCUUUGGAACAAAAAUGGAAACAAACGGAACAGGCCGAUCUCAUAAACCAGCUCUAUCAAGGCAAACUGAAGGACUAUGUAAGAUGUCUGGAAUGUGGCUAUGAGAGUUGGAGAAUUGACACGUACCUGGACAUUCCACUGGUCAUUCGGCCUUAUGGCUCCAACCAGGCUUUUGCGAGUGUGGAGGAAGCUCUACAUGCAUUUAUUCAGCCUGAGAUACUUGAUGGCCCCAAUCAGUAUUUCUGUGAACGUUGUAAGAAGAAAUGUGAUGCAAGAAAGGGUUUGCGGUUUUUGCAUUUUCCUUAUCUGCUGACCCUGCAGCUCAAGAGAUUUGACUUUGAUUAUACCACUAUGCACAGAAUAAAACUUAAUGACCGUAUGACAUUUCCUGAAGAGCUAGAUAUGGGUUCAUUCAUUGAUAUUGAAGAUGAGAAGUCUCCUCAAACAGAGAGUUGCACUGACAGUGGAGCAGAGAAUGAAGGCAGUUGUCACAGUGAUCAGAUGAGCAAUGAUUUCUCCAAUGAUGAUGGAGUUGAUGAAGGAAUAUGUCUUGAAAGCAACAGUACUGCUGAAAGGAUUUCAAAAGUUGGCAAUGAAAAGAAUUCAUUGUUAUAUGAACUAUUUUCUGUUAUGGUCCAUUCGGGAAGUGCCGCUGGUGGCCAUUAUUAUGCCUGUAUAAAGUCCUUUAGUGAUGACCAGUGGUACAGCUUCAAUGAUCAACAUGUUAGCAAGAUAACUCAUGAAGACAUUAAAAAAACUUAUGGUGGAACAUCUGGAAGCAGAGGGUAUUAUUCCAGUGCUUUUGCAAGCUCUACAAACGCAUAUAUGCUUAUAUAUAGAUUGAAGGAUCCAACAAGAAAUGCAAAGUUCCUAGAAGUGAAUGAAUAUCCAGAACACAUUAAAAAGUUGGUACAAAAAGAAAAAGAGUUGGAAGAACAAGAAAAGAGACAGCGUGAAAUAGAGCGCAAUACUUGCAAGAUAAAAUUAUUCUGUAUGCAUCCUGCAAAACAAAUAAUGAUGGAAAAUAAACUAGAGGUUCACAAGGACAGGACUCUGAAGGAAGCUGUAGAGAGAGCUUAUAAGAUAAUGGAUUUAGAAGAGGCAGUUCCUCUGGAGUGCUGUCGCCUCAUUAAGUAUGAUGAAUUCCAUGAUUACUUGGAGCGAUCAUAUGAAGGAGAAGAGGACACUCCAAUGGGUAUCUUGCUUGGAGGUGUCAAAUCAACAUAUAUGUUUGAUCUCCUCCUGGAAACAAGGCGACCUGACCAGGUUUUUCAGUGUUAUAAACCUGGUGAAGUCAUGGUAAAAGUUCAUGUCGUUGAUCUAAAGCAAGAAACAGUGGCUUCUCCCAUUAGUGUCCGUGCAUAUUUGAAUCAGACAGUUACAGAAUUCAAGCAUCUAAUUUCAAAGGCUAUACAUUUGCCUGCUGAAACGAUGAGAGUUGUGUUGGAACGUUGCUACAAUGAUUUGCGUCUCCUCAAUGUGGCUAACAAGACACUGAAAGCUGAAGGCUUUUUUAGGAGCAAUAAAGUGUUUGUAGAAAGCUCAGAGUCUCAAGAUCGACAGCUGGCAUUUACAGAUUCACAUUUAUGGAAACUCCUGGAUCGCCAUGCAAAUACAAUUAAACUGUAUGUUUCAUUACCAGAACAAUCGCCUGGAUCACAGUUUAGAAGGACAGUUUUUCAGAAAGCCAGUGGAGAUUCCAGCAAUUUAGAUGAACUCUGUGGAAGAGUGAAAGGACCUUUAAGUAAUAUUAAAUCAGUAGAAGCUAUCCUAGAAGAGAGCACUGAAAAACUUAAAACUUUGUCUCUACAGCAACAGCAGCAAGAAGGGGAUAAUGGAGACAGCAGUAAGAGUACGGAGGCAAGUGACUUUGAAAACAUUGAAUCACCUUCAAAUGAAGUUGAUUCAUCAGCAGAAAAUAGAGAACUUGAAAAUCAAAUUCAAGUUUCUGAUCCAGAAAACUACCAGUCAGAGGAGCGGUCAGAUUCUGAUGUGAAUAAUGACAGGAGUACAAGUUCGGUGGACAGUGAUAUUCUUAGUUCCAGCCACAGUAGUGACACUUUGUGCAAUGUAGACAAUGCCCCUAUGCCCUUGGCUAAUGGACUGGACUCUCACAGCAUAACGAGCAGUAGGAGAUCCAAAGCCAAUGAAGGGAGGAAGGAAACCUGGGACACAGCUGAAGAGGAUUCUGGAACAGACAGUGAAUAUGAUGAAAGUGGCAAGAGCCGGGGAGAAACUCAAUAUAUGUAUUUCAAGGCAGAGCCCUACAUUGCAGAAGAAGGUUCAGGAGAAGGACAAAAGUGGUUGUUGAUUCAUGUUGAUAAGAGAAUUACCCUAUCUGCCUUCAAGCAACACUUGGAGCCAUUUGUUGGUGUUCCGUCUUCUCAGUUUAAGGUUUUUCGAGUUUAUGCCAGCAAUCAAGAAUUUGAGAGUGUUCGACUGAAUGAGACCCUUUCGACCUUCUCAGAUGAGAACAAGAUAACAAUUAGGCUUGGAAGAGCACUGAAGAAAGGAGAAUACAGGGUCAAGGUUUAUCAACUCUUGGUGAAUGAUCCAGAGCCUUGCAAGUUUCUUCUAGAUUCUGUUUUUGCUAAAGGAAUGACUGUUCGACAGUCAAAAGAAGAACUACUUACUCAGCUCAGGGAGCAAUGUGGGCUGGAUCUGACUGUUGAUAGGUUUCGUCUAAGAAAGAAGACCUGGAAAAAUCCAGGCACUGUGUUUCUGGAUUAUCAUGUUUAUGAAGAAGAUAUUAAUAUUUCAAGUAACUGGGAAGUCUUCCUGGAAAUACUUGAUGGACCAGAAAAGAUGAAAUCUAUGUCACAGCUUGCUGUUCUGUCAAGAAAAUGGAGACCAUCGAAGAUGAAGCUAGAUUCUUUUCAGGAAGUAGUUUUGGAGAGCAGCAGUGUUGAUGAGUUAAAAGAAAAGCUUUGUGAAAUAAGUGGAAUCCCUGUAGAAAAUAUUGAGUUUGCAAAGGGCAGAGGAACAUUUCCAUGUGAGAUCUCGGUUCUAGAGAUACAUCAGGAUUUGGACUGGAAUCCUAAGGUUUCUACACUGAAUGUAUGGCCACUCUACAUUUGUGAUGAUGGAGCAGUGAUAUUUUAUAGGGAUAAAAAUGAACAAAUGGUGGAACUGACAGAAGAACAGAGAAAUGAGUUAAUGAAAAAAGAAAGCAGCAGACUUCAGAAAACUGGACACCGUGUGACCUACUCCCCUCGUAAAGAAAAAGCACUAAAAAUAUAUCUAGACGGAGCGCCAAAUAAAGAUUUGACUCAAGACUGAUAUUUAUUUCAGCAUUUUCCCUGUGGGAUUUUUUUGUUGUUAAGCGAGAGAGGUUCACUACUACUGUGUAGUGCCAUUAAUGGCAGGACAUUAGGUGUAAAGUAAAGACACCAGCACUGAUUGGGCUGCAGUUUUACCAAUCAGAAGCUCAGUGCCCAGUCAGGUCACUGUUUGACUUGGAAUCAUGUUGUGCACUAUAGUCAAAUGUACUGUAAAGAUAAAAGGGAUGUGCAAAUUAAAAAAAUAAAUACAAAAACGGGGCGGGGGAGGGAAAUGAGCAAAUAUCGAGGACAGUGUGCACAUAGCAGUAGCUAGUAAGCUAGCCUCAAGCAAGAUACUCAUAGCUUAAUAAUAAAAGCUGUGCAAAGGCCAUGAAUGAAUUCUUUUCUGUUUGUUUCACUGAUACACACAUUACCUCAUUGAAGAUUUCUGAAGUUAAUGUAACAGUGACCUUUUGAAAAGAGUGAAAUGGACUGAAAGUGGUGGAAUUGACAGAACCCAGCCCCUUAUAGCCCUGGAUGUUUUUAGCAGAAUCACAUUAGAUUUCUCUUCCACAAAAGAACAUCUGGAAAAAAGUAUUGGGGGGGGGGUUACCAUUACCAGCAGGUGGCAUUUGAUUUUUGCAGAAGUGUUUUAAGGCAACUGAUUUUUAUUAGUUUAGAGAUGCAGUCAACCUCACUGUUUCAUUCAGUGUAUAAAAUACAACUCUGCUCUUCUGAAUUAGCAGAACUACAUUUCAACUGCUUGCUAUGGUAUUUCUCUUCACAUAUCAAUAUUCACUGUGUACAUUUAAAAUGUAGCUGUCUAUUUAAAUUUGUACUCAUUUUAUGUUUGGCAAUGCUGGGUACUUAGGUUUGUAAUUUUCCCUUGUUAAUGAGUUUUUGAGGUGUUUUUGUUCAGCUACUUUUUGUACAUUCUGUUUUUGGGCUCUUACAGAUUUGCAUCUUCUAGUACCAUUACAAGUCAUACUUUUAUUUUUCCUGGAGUUGAUUCAUAGUUUUGUAUGUAGUUUUUUAAAAAGUUGACAUUUAACAUCUCCCAAUAUAAACUCUCCAGUAGUUCAGGAUGUGGUGCAGACUGAUGCAGUAAAUAUGAUUUCAUUGCAAAGCUUAGAACACAGUAAGAUUUUUGCUUUGCUGCAUUAUAAGAUCAAUUACAAACAAUUCUAUAUAAGAUUUUUUUUUAAACAACCAUCUAAUUUAUAUCAAUCAAUAAAAGGUUUUGGUAAACUUUUCCAUGCCAGAUGCUGUUUACAACAAUGAACAUGCCAAUAAAACAUUUGUUCAUUCUGUUGUUAUUUUAA